CACAGCCCUGUUGGCUGGAGGAAGUAUUUCCGUGCUUUUGGGUACAGGUUUCGGCGCGUUUGCAACCGUCUGAUGCGGCGAAAUAGUACAAACGGGGUAUUUCAGUGGUCCUGUCCACCGAUGUGACAGCCUGCCGGAGCUCCGAGUAGAGGCGGGAAUGGAGCGGAGCGAGGCGGACGAGAAUGAGAGCAGUUCAUCCCAACAAAACACGAUGUGGAAACAGCUUCAAGCCAAAGCCAAGCCGCUGCUCAGCCCCAAGCUGGGCGCCAGAGAGCCAGAAGACAAGAAGGAGCGAGGCAUGUGGAUGUUCAAGAAGAUGAAGCGGAAGGAAAAUGUCGUCCUGGACCGGGUAAUCUCCUCCUCGCAGCCCGACCUGCUCUUCUCCUCUCCGGAUGAUGUGGACAUUAAGGAGGCACAGCUCUGCGGCAAAGCAGUCGGCCGGGACAAGCUGCAGUUUUCGAUCAAGCACAAGUCCACCAGCCCAAACAAACCCACGGUGUCUCAGCUGGUGCAGUCCCACCACAAGAGCUCCUCUCUGGGGUCUGCGUGCCUGGAGAGGCUGGCCGAGCCUCCGGACGGCGAUGGCGGGGGCGACGCAGCAACAGCUGCCGCAGCGGAGAAGACACAUCUGGAGAGCAGUGAGGAUCAGCUGGGAAUGGGUACUUCAUGUCCUUCGGGGUUUUCUUCUGACCAAGCUCGGUCGGGGAUGUACAAGCUGGAGAUCGAGCUGAAAAGAGGACACAACCUGGCUGUCCGAGACAGAGGAGGAACAAGUGAUCCAUAUGUCAAGUUCAAGCUUGCUGGCAAAGAGGUUUUUAGGAGCAAAAUCAUCCAUAAAAACCUCAACCCAGUGUGGGAUGAGAAGACGACCUUAAUCAUUGACAGUCUGAAUGAACCUCUGUAUGUCAAGGUGUUUGACUAUGACUUCGGCCUUCAGGAUGACUUCAUGGGUUCUGCUUUUCUUUACCUGGAGUCUCUAGAGCAGCAGAGGACGAUACCUGUGACUUUAGUGCUGAAGGACCCUCAGUAUCCUGAUCAGGACCUCGGUACUCUGGAGCUGGCCGUCAACCUGACACCUAAAGACAGUCCCAUCGAGGAACGCCGAGACUCAACAAUGGAGGUUAAGAAGUAUGGACUAAAACAUUAUGUGCAUAAAACUAUGCUGCUCAGGAGGUCCUGGAAACGAUCCACUAAGCAGCAGCAGUCUAUACGUCUGUCAGAGCUACAUCGAAAAGCCCAGCUCUGGCGAGGGAUAGUCAGCAUCGCACUAAUCGAGGGUCGAAACCUCAUGCCCAUGGAUCCCAACGGUCUGAGUGACCCAUAUGUCAAGUUCAGACUCGGGCCCCAGAAAUACAAGAGCAAGACAGUGCCAAAGACCCUGAGCCCACAGUGGAGGGAGCAGUUUGACCUGCAUCUGUAUGAAGAGACAGGUGGGGUGCUAGAGAUCACGGUGUGGGACAAAGACACUGGAAGAAGGGACGAUUUCAUUGGGCGCUGCCAGUUGGACCUCUCCACUCUUGCUAAGGAGCAGACGCAUCACCUGGAGCUGCCACUAGAGGAGUCUCAAGGCUUUGUUGUGCUGCUGGUCACACUAACCGCUUCGGCUGCUGUCUCUAUCGCCGACCUCUCUGUGACCCCGCUAGAUGACCCACAGGAGCGUAGAGAGAUACUCCAACGAUAUGGUGUGACGAAGUCAUUCUUUAACUUAAAAGAUGUGGGCAUAGUACAGGUGAAGGUGAUGAGAGCAGAAGGUCUCAUGGUUGCAGAUGUAACCGGUAAAAGUGACCCUUUCUGUGUGCUGGAGCUGAACAAUGACAGGCUGCAGACACACACCGUUUACAAGAACCUCAAUCCAGAGUGGAACAAAGUCUUCACCUUUAAUGUCAAAGACAUUCACUCUGUGUUGGAGGUGACAGUGUUUGAUGAAGACAGAGACAGGAGUGCAGACUUCCUGGGAAAAGUGGCAAUUCCAUUAUUGAAUGUUCGUAAUGGCGAGCAGAAGGGAUACCUGUUGAAAAAUAAGGAGCUGACAGCACCGACCAAAGGGUGCAUCUACCUAGAGAUUGAUGUCAUCUACAACGCUGUUAAAGCUGCUUUGAGGACUGUGGUUCCUGCAGAACAGAAAUAUAUUGAAGAAGAACCAAAAGUCUCCAAGCAAUUGCUCCAGCAGAACUUCAACAGAGUCAAGCGCUGCAUUAUGGUGCUGAUUAGCUGGGGAAGUUUCAUCAACAGCUGCUUUGAAUGGGAGUCUGCACAGAGAAGCAUUGUCUCCUUUGUGCUGUUUGUGGUGGUGGUGUGGAAUUUUGAGCUCUACAUGCUGCCACUAGCCUUGCUGCUUCUACUUGUGUGGAACUACUUCUUCUGCUCCAGCAGGGAUGGAGCUGAUGUGUCCAUGGAUGGCAUGUUUGAAUGGGAAGUUGAUGAAGAUGAUAAAGAGGAAAAGGACUCAGAGCCCAAAGGCUUUAUGGAUAAACUGUACGCCAUUCAGGACGUGUUUAUCAGUGUUCAGAAUGCUCUGGAUGAGGUGGCGUCCUUUGGAGAGAGAGUGAAGAACACUUUUAACUGGACCGUGCCUUUUCUAAGCUGGUUGGCAAUCACUGCCUUGUGUUUGGCCACAUUUCUUCUCUACCUCAUACCUUUACGAUACCUCGUGCUUGCAUGGGGUGUGAAUAAGUUCACCAAGAAACUUCGUGAUCCAUACAUGAUCGACAACAACGAGCUUCUUGACUUCCUUUCCAGAGUCCCCUCUGAUGUUCAAGUGAUGCAGUAUCACGAGCUGAAAGUUGACCCCGGGCAGAGCCCCAGCAAACGCCGGAGGACAAACCUGAGCUAGCUGUAAACAAUGUAAACUAUCUUGUUUAUAUGUUUCUUGUAAAUUUUAAUUAUUAUGAGAAGUUGUAACUGUUAAGUGUUUUCUUUUUGUUACUGAGGAAGGACACUGAUUUUCUAAAUCUUUUAAAAGACAAGACGAAGCUGUUCAUGUUUUUUAAUCUCUCUCAUUUCUCAUAAGAACUCUGCACACAAACUAAGUAACUGUGGUAAUAAUAAUGAUUGUCAUGAGUAUACAUGUAUAGUGUGUCCCAGAGUCUGCAUGUAAUGAAGAUGUGCUUCUGUUUGCAUGUAAGCAUUGCAUCUCCAGCUUUUUGAUUUCUCUCAACAUGUUUGUGCCAUUUCAAACGGGAUGCCAGCGUCCCAUGCUAUGUUGAAGAUAGAGCUGCAUGCAUUUAUACACCUACAGUAAAUAAAAUCUCCUAUUUGGAAAUAUUAUCUUUUUCAGGAAACAUUUCUUUCUAAAGAUGAAAUACUAACAUCUCAGCUCAGUGGGUUUUUUUUCUUUUUGUCUGCUUCUCACUUCUUCCAGUUUGCUUUCUCUGUUUCUUUUUGUUUUUUGCCUUUUUGGACCACAUCUUAGUGUUACUCGACUUACUCGUCAUCUGUUCUUUUUAAUCACUGAUGUGAUCUGCAUGUCUGCGUAAGCUGCUGGUUGUAUGUGUUUUGCAUGACUGAAAUUAUAUGCAAGGUGCUGAAUGUGUUUAUCUCUGCAAACUGCACUGACCUGAUACUGUUUACUCUUACCACCAGAUCAUUACGUCUGUCGCGCUGCACAUUAUCUCUCUCUGUUUCCUGUUGCACUGUCUGUAAUUACUGUGGUUGGAAUGAAGCCAAAAGUAGGACAGACUGUAUCAAGUGUGUAGCAUUCCUCUGGCAAAAUAUAUUUCUACACAGAC